GUCAGCACAGUGAACCACAUGGUUGCGUGUGUGGGUGGUGGGUGGGACUGAAAAUAAAUCUGCGUUUUUGUUGACACGAGAUGAGCCGCAUUUAUGUCAGUUGGACGCGGACGUUGCUCCUUUGUGUGCACUGAUCUGCAUAAAAGUUACAUUGAUCAGGUCAUGCGUUUACCGCUUAGUGGAGUAGGUUAAUACUUUUUUUAUGGAUUACAAAUCUAAAUUAACGUGCGGUGACAGAGACAAUGUCUCGUCUGGGAAUCUCUAUAUGUCCGCGGCAAUGUUUUCGGCGGGAGUUCUGGGCAAUUUAAUCGCCUUGGUCCUCUUGGAGAUGCGGCGCCGGAGGCAAAGUCCAUCCCUUUUCCAGGUGCUGGUGACCGCGCUGGUGAUUACGGACCUACUGGGUACCUUCUCUGUCAGUCCUCUCGUACUAGCCUCCUAUACACAAAACAGGACCUUGAUGGGUAUGGGUGGAAAUGGAGCGGUAUGCGACUAUUUUGGGUUCAGCAUGACGUUUUUCAGCCUCGCCACUUUGGCCAUUCUGUGCGCCAUGGCUUUGGAGCGCUACCUCUCCUUUGGACACCCGUAUUUUUACGAACGGCACUUGAGAAAACGCUGCGGAUACAUCACCAUUACACUCAUCUACCUGAUCUGCAUCCUUUUCUGCCUAGCACCUUUCGUGGGCUUUGGAAAAUACGUUCAAUAUUGCCCGGGGACUUGGUGCUUCUUUGACAUGGUCCCAUUAGAAACCAAACCAAAAGUACACGUCGGUGUGUAUGCGUCAUUGACUCUCAUCAUGAUUUCUACCACAGUGGUCUGUAACUUAUCUGUCGUCUACCACUUAAUUAUGAUGUAUAGGAGAUGCAAAGCGCGUGUUUUAACGCGACGGAUACGGUUCUACCAAAGAUCCCUCUCUAUGACGGAAGAAGUGGAGCAUCUUCUGCUUUUGCUGUUCAUAACGGUUACCUUUGUCAUCUGUUCGUUUCCUUUAGUGCUCCGUGUGUUCAUCAACUUCAUGGGCAGGUCAAAUGAGAGCUAUGGCACUGAUCUCGCUGCUCUCCGCCUGCUGUCCUUCAACUCCAUCAUCGACCCCUGGCUCUUCAUCAUCCUCAGCCCCUCGGUGCUGCGCUUCCUCUGGAGGAAGCUGACACUGUGUAAGCCCCAGAGGCCCCCUGAGGCCCCCACAUUCCCACGGGAAAAGGCUUUCCACGUUGGGACCAAACUCUCACCGCCAAACCCACCCAUGGAGCUCCAGAACGAGGAAGUGCAGAGAGUGGACAAGACAUCAUUUCAUGCAUAUGGAACCAAUGACCCAGACUAGAAGGAUUACAGUAACGGGACCAUUUGAUAUCAGCAGGAGCCUAAGUGGACACAGGAAGUGAUUUAACAGACUAGACAUCCACUGGUUGAAGGGACCCCCUUACACAGUGUGUACUUGCAAAUAAACAUUUAGUGAGGUGCAGCAUUUUCACUUAUUGACCUCAUGACAGGAGGUUGGAAUAGAUUGAGGAAGAUAUCAGAGAUGUGGAAGGCUGCGGUGCUGACAUGUUAUGCCCACACAAUAUGGAUUGGGAUUUGGAACAGGACUUAGCAUUUUGAUGUGUCUACUUAUUUCAUUGCUUCAUUAUAUUUAUAUACAAACUUUAUGAUCAGAAAUGUAUAGGACUGAAAUGUUAAUUUGACCGAACUCCUCCUGGACGAAUGGGUCAAGUAUUUACUAUAUUAAUAAAGGUCAAUAAACAUGAUCUAAUCUUAAGCCAUUUUAUGAUUGGAAAACCAAAUAUAAUGUCCUUGUAUUAUAUUGAAUGUUUACAUUAAAUAUUUCAGUAUCAGAACCCAAACCCAGCUGUCGUCGGAGCCCGUAUUCAUAUGAUGUCUCACAGCAAAGAAGUAUUUUAGAUCAUAAUGAAUAAGAUUACAUGGACAAGACGGUCAGGUCACCUACAUGGGACUCGAAAAAAAGCCGGCAGACCAACUGUUAAGGCUGAAAGCUAUACAGUCCCAAUCCUGAGAAGGUAAACAUAGCUACCUGUUCAGCACGUUACAACAUGUUUAGACAUUUGGUGACCACUGUGCCAUUCUUAACAUUUAUUGGAAUGUUUUCAUCUGUCCCUUUGCAUUAAGCCACUCCUCAACAGAUACGCAAUCCUUGAUUUAGUUGUAAUUUGUGACAAUAAGAUGGGUUUCAGCUUGAUGUACUUACUCAUACCAGUAACUUUCCAUUCCAAACAAAGGUGUUGGCUUGUCUUAUUCAUAAUGCACACAGAACAGACCGGUUUUGACUUGUGUGUCCUCAUCUGUGUGCUGUGUACAGUAUAUCAUCCUAACUACUGCUGCGACUAUACGUCCAUUCAAGUGUUCCUGUAUUUCUCUUUCCAUUUCCUGACAUGGCUUUUUUUAGAAAACAAUUCAUGUUAUUUUCUUCAAAAGUGGUGCCUACCCUUCCGUGGUUCUAUUCAUUUUCAGUCAGCCUGAAGCCCUGCAUCAAUGUUGAUCGUUAAUUAAGUACAAGGCCAGCAGGGCUUCCAUUUGCAGUGAUCUGGUUGAGUGACUGUUUAAGACUGAAAUAGCUAUGUUGUUUAUUAAACGAAAGUGUCAUUGCCCUUAAGGCAGGAAGUCAGAGGGAGACGGUGUGUGCAUCCUAAAAUGCAUCCUAAUCCCUUUAUAGUGCACUACUUUUGACCAGGGGCCAUAGGGGAAUAUGUAGUAAAUUGGGUGCCAUUUGGAACUCACUCACUGUAUUCAGAUUAGUUUGAGCAGAUGCACUCAAUGUGUUUCCCAUAAAAAACUGCGUCUGUAUUUACUUUAUGCUCCGUUCCCAUCAUUGAUGGUAUGUCACAUGUCCUUUCAGAUAAGAUCUCCACUCGCAUAAGAAGUGUGUUUGCUGCUGGACUUUCAGUCCUUUACGAAUCUAGGAAGGAAACACUUACCUUGGAUUGUUUGACUAUUGCACUGAGCUGACACUUUGGCACAUCUUUGCUAGGUCAGUAAAUGGUAAAGCUGAUCUUUGUAAAAGUGGACAUUUUUAAACAGUUUUUAUUUGUGUGCCACUGUGUGUGGGUUUACCGUUUAAAUUUGUUAGUGUGAAUUUCAGUCGACAACUGAAGUGAGGGGGAGAUUGAGCUAAUAUACUGUGGCCUAUCUCCAAUGCUCCAUAAAUAUUGUACUGAAUCUCU